AUGUGGUUGAUGAGCAGAAAAGGAGGAUCUGGAUUUUCAUCAUCUUCCACUGCAGAGCAAGUUACUCAUUGCAUUGAUGCCACUGGCCGCACUGCUAUUGUCACAGGGGCAACCAGUGGUAUUGGUGCUGAAACUGCUCGUGUUCUUGCUCUGCGUGGCGUGCAUGUGAUUAUGGGGAAUUCUCGCCCUUUUAUGUUGUCUAAAGACAACAUUGAACUACAGUUCGCCACAAACCAUUUGGGUAAUGCAUGUGGAACAUUAACCUACAAUUUUUCUGGUCUUAGAUAUGUUUGUUACCAUAGUUGGCUGGCAUAUAGACAAUCCAAGCUUGCUAACAUUUUACACGCAAAUGAACUUGCAAGGCGUCUCAAGGGGGAUGGGGGUGAAUAUUACCGCAAAUUCCCUUCCUCCAGGAGCAGUUUUCAUUAA